GAUGAAUAAAAGAAUAUUACAUAAUUCAUGUUGAUGCUUACCUAACCCUCGUCGGUACACUCGCCUGGGACUGGCCCGAAUAUCAACUGACGCCUGGUCGACGCUGUCUUCAACACCGAUGAUGCUAUUCAGGAAAAAGAAGACAGACUCCUCAGUUACAGACACUAUACCAUCUGAACAGACUCCUGACAACACAGAUAAAAGCCUCACUUCGUUUGCGCAAACCGUGCGACGCUCUCGCUCAGCACUCAAGCUAGGCUCUGUGCGGAAUGAGUUUGGGUCGUUAGUCUACGACGACGCGCUGAGUUUUUGCGAUCUGGAGGUGGACGAGGCGGAAGAAAGUGCAGAAGAUGAAGCUACAGAGCCGUCUACGAUGCUGUCGUUGAGGUUUCGACGUCGAGAGCCGGUGACGCAGAACAAAACUAGGAAGACGACAGAGGAGAUAUGCGAUAGUGCGUGGCUGCGGAAGAGGAUCCAGGACGAGAGUCAGACGGAGCAGGGCUCUGUGUCAUCUGGCGAGGACGGCGAGAGUACGCUUGACGACAAGGAUUUGUUUGAUAUGCUGAUAUCACCGCGCGAGUCAGUGAACGAUCUAAGCUCAUCGUUUUCGUGCUCUUUGUCGUCGGUGACGGAGACCGAAGGUGGAGAUAUAGACUGUGCAUCUGGUCCAAGUGCGCUUGAUGUGAUAAUGUCGCUGUCAGCGCAGAUGUCGCCGCCAGGAAAGAGGCUUACGAAUAAGCAGUAUCUACUGUGUGAUUUUCGGGAGAUUGACGCCAGACUGUGCAGACUUGAAGGGCUUGAGCAGGAGCUGUGGCGGUGUUUGGAAGAGUUGGAGAAUAUUAGCUGGGAGAGUGGAGUGGAUGAUGAGAGCGAGAGCGUGAGUGCUGUGCAGGAAACUGUGGAGACUGUUGAUACUCCUGAUCUGUAUAUUGAUACCCAGGUACCCCCGCAGCUUGGCGACCCUUCGGAUUCAGAAAUCAAACAAUCUGAAAACACAAGCACGCCAUACUCGGGGAUCACUGUGAAACCAGGCUUGAUACCUACGACUGCAUUUGUCAACAGCGGCGAGAGAUUGAACUGGAAGGAGCUGAGCGGUGUUGAGAUCUGUGAGGUUGAGAGUGGUCAGGGGUUGGAGAAGGAGAAGGUGGAGAAGGUGCCUGAGAAGACAGAGCCAGGGAAGGUACCGGGGAUGAAGGUGAGGAAGGGUAAAGGGUUAAGUGUUGGUUUUUCAGAUACGGUUGAGGUUUGCAAGUUCAAGGAUUAGAGGAGAGCAUUGUUUUAGAUAGAGAUUAGUAUAAUGUUAUUAGACU